CGUGCCGUACGCGCUUGGAGUGAGGCAGGACCUGGGGGAGGAGACAUGUGUAUCACGCUUUCGCUCAUGCUUCUGUGUUUCGCCUACCAAUUCCACAUCAUCAUGCACGAUGUUCCCGCGAACUGAACGAGCGCACUGACACUACGAUCAUCCAGUAUCCCUCCAGCACACCUUCAUCUUCUGUGGAUCUGCUCGCGUUUAGCUUUGCGCGAGUCGUUAUUUAAUUCGUAUGACUUCAUGGGACGUGCUUUUAACGCGAAACGGUUUAAAGACCUACAAGUCGUCGUCAUAUUAUUUCUUUCUGCGCUUGGAGACAAUGUUUUAAAGCAAACACUGGCGUGCGCGCUUCGCUUUAAAUGAGCUCGGAUUGGUGAGCCACUGGGAACCCAAGCAAGGAACUAACUUGAACUACGAAAUUGGAGAGCUCCAGCUACUGUGUUGGAUCAAAGUCGACGUCUACGGCUUCCGGGCCAUGAGUAGUUUUAAGGGCCAGGAUGUGGAAAAACAAGGCAUCAAGCUGCCAAAAAAAUGGAUUGAUUCCAAUGAAAAAAUCCCCACAGACCGUACGAUGGUUAUCGGGGGAGUUGUGGGAGGAGACACUUCCGAUCCCCCAGGAGGUCAGUUGAGAAAACGGCGUCAGCGCUAUGUGGAAAAGGACGGCAAGUGCAACGUCCACCACGGAAACGUGCGCGAAACCUACCGUUACCUGACAGACAUCUUCACCACACUCGUGGACUUGAAGUGGCGCUUAAAUCUGCUGGUCUUCACGCUGGUCUACACCACCACCUGGGUGUUUUUUGGCUUCAUUUGGUGGCUCAUCGCCUACACCCGUGGAGACCUGGACCACGCUGAUGACAACGAGUGGACACCGUGUGUCAAUAAUCUCAAUGGCUUCGUCUCAGCCUUCCUUUUUUCCAUCGAGACCGAGACCACCAUUGGUUAUGGGUAUCGUGUCAUAACGGACAAAUGCCCCGAGGGCAUCAUCUUGCUUCUAGUGCAGGCCAUCUUGGGCUCCAUCGUCAAUGCCUUCAUGGUGGGCUGCAUGUUUGUGAAAAUCUCACAACCAAAGAAUCGCGCCGAAACGCUCAUGUUUUCUAACACAGCUGUGAUAUCCAUGCGGGACAGCAAGUUGUGUUUGAUGUUCCGUGUUGGUGACUUGCGUAACUCGCACAUUGUGGAGGCCUCCAUCAGGGCAAAGCUCAUCCGCUCUAAGCAGACCAAGGAAGGAGAGUUUAUCCCCCUAAACCAGACGGACAUCAACGUGGGCUUUGACACGGGGGACGAUCGGCUGUUCCUGGUGUCACCGCUGAUCAUUUGCCAUGAGAUCAACAAGAACAGCCCUUUCUGGGACAUCUCUCAGGAGCAACUGGUGCGAGAAGAGUUUGAAAUAGUGGUCAUUCUGGAAGGAAUGGUGGAGGCUACAGGAAUGACAUGUCAAGCCCGCAGCUCAUACCUGAACUCAGAGGUGCUUUGGGGAGAACGUUUCACCCCUGUGCUCUCGCUGGAGGAGGGAUUUUACGAGGUGGAUUAUGACACUUUCCACCACACCUACCCCACACCAACCCCUUCCUGCUCCGCUCGGGAGCUUGCAGAACUGGCAAAGAAAGGGGAAGCUAUUCCUUUGCCCCCUAUUUCUCCUCCAGCAACCCUGGGAGAGCCCCCAAGCCCAGAGGAGAUGCCUGAGGAGAAGACCAAGGCAGAAGAAGAAGAAGCAGAAGAGACUGUUAGCAAUGGUGAUGUGAACAGUAUGGAGUGUGUGCAAGAAUGAGUUCAUGCAUUGCAAUCUCCAGUCUUUUGCUGCCCCUGUGUGGCAGAUGGAAAUACGGAGAUACAAAAACUCACUUCAGCCGCAUAAACGCCAUAUAAACUGAGGAAUAGUUACAAAUCUAUAGGUCUACAUUAUGUCAUUGACCCCACACUGGUACUGUUAUUAACUGUUUUCAAGAAUAAAACAACGUGCAUAAUGGUAAUGUUUUUAAACUUUAGGUGCAAAAAUGCUUAAAAAACCUCGUUCAGCUUGAAUUUAUUUAAAUAAGAUGUAUAUAUUCGCAGCUUUGUACUGUGAUUGCUUAACCCGCUACUGAGCUUGCAUUAUUGCUUUUGAGGUUUAUAAGUAUUUCUGAAUCCAGUUGAUUGAGAUUUAAGAUUAAGCUUAUAGCUAUACACUACAGCAUUUUAUGAAAGCUUGUUUCUGCCACAGGAUAACAAAAAAAGGGGGAAUUGCGACUUUAUCUUACAACUGACUUUUUCUCUUGCAAUUCUGAGGAAAAAAAGUCAGAAUUGUGAG